CUCUGAAACACCUUGGUCUUCUCUUUGCUAAAACAAUCUUAAGUUCUUGACAACCCCCAAAUGGCUAAAACUCCCAUACUCUUAUGCAAAACACUCAAGGCCACCAUCUACUUCUUAUUCCUGGCCAUCAUCUUCACAUGCGCCAACUCAGCAAGAGUUCUUGAUGAGGUGGAAGCACAACCCCAAGUUGUCGAUGACAUACCUCAGCCAUCGAACCCCGCAGCGACAACUGUCCCUCCUAACACUUUGCCAAGUGGCCAAGUCCGUGCUGCCACCCCAAGUGGCUCGGAGGAUGAUGAUGAUACUGGUCCACAACUUCCUGAAGCUCCUGCCGCCGCGGCUGCCCCUGCUGAAGAUGAGGCACCAGUAGCUACUCCUGCAGCACCUGCUGCUGGAGGUGUGGCACCAAUAGCUGUUCCCACAGCCACAUCAGCGACAACCGGGGCAGGAGCUGCAGCGGCUGCAAGUGCCACGGUGGCAACACCUGGCUCACAUGACCCUGUAUUAUCCUUUUUUAUGCAUGACAUCUUAGGUGGAUCCCACCCAUCAGCCAGGGUGGUAACUGGGAUCAUUGCCAACUCAGAAGUCAGUGGCAUCCCUUUCUCCAAGACCAACAAUGACCUUUUCCCAGUCCAAGGCGCUGCCCCACUUCUAAAUGGUAACAAUAUUAACGACCUCAAAAACAUUAACAACCUCAUCAACCCCAACAAUGUCCCUUUCCUAACAGGCCUAACUGGUGCCCAAACCAAUGCUAUUCUACAAAACAGUGGUAACAAUAACAAUGUUCUCAAUGGCGACAGCCAACCUUUCGUCACAGCUGGACAGCUCCCACCUGGCUCUCUUCAAAGGCUCAUGUUUGGCUCCAUAACCGUCAUAGAUGAUGAACUGACCGAAGCCCAUGAGUUGGGGUCAGCUGUGCUAGGCAGAGCGCAAGGAUUUUACUUAGCUAGCUCUUUGGAUGGUAGUAGCCAAACCAUCGCCUUGACUGUUUUAUUGCAUGGUGGUGAACAUGGUCAUGAACUUGAGGAUGCCAUUAGUUUCUUUGGUGUUCAUAGGACCGUGUCACCGGCGUCACAGAUUGCAGUUGUUGGUGGGACUGGGAAGUAUGAGAAUGCCAGAGGGUAUGCCACGGUUGAGACUCUUCACCAGGAAGAUCAGCACAUAACAGAUGGUGUGGAUACAAUCCUGCACUUCAAUGUCUACCUCAUUGACUGAUCAUGAUCAUCUUGUGGCUGGGUGGUUUCAUGGUUUAGCAAUCUGA